CAACGCCCAACAAGCAUUAACCAGCAAGCGAACAACAAAAUGUCCAAAUUAAAUGGUGCGCCCCAAAGCUUGCUGCAGCAACAGGAAGGAAACAUUAACGCACAGAUGCGGCGUCCUCAGCAUGUUCAGAGCACAAAUUUGGUUCAAGGAUCCACGAUGUUGAAUGAGUUCAAGUAUGGAUUCCCCUCUGGUGGAUUACCAUCUCUAUCAAACAAAUGGUGGGGUAGUAGUGCUCCAGAUGAAACCAACAAUGAAGAAGAUGCCAAACAUAACUUCAAAAACGUUGUAGCUGAUGGUUCCAUUUCUCUAAUAGACCAAGAGAAAUCUGAAAGUAUAGAGGAGGAUCUCCAAGCUGAUCUUCCGGGGACUCGCUUACUGACAGCUUUGAGAAAAAGAAGCAUGGAGAGAGGACGAAAAGCACUUAAGAAUGGUAGUUAUUUUCAUGCCCAUGGCGUAAACAAGUUAAGCAAGAGAGAAAGAUCGUUGCUUCUCAACAUAUUCAAAUCAUCUAUUCCAAAUGAAUGGAUAAGUAACUCCUAAAUUCAGAGACAACUGCUUUGAACGAGGUACUCCGCCCUUCAUAAGGCUCGAACUGCUCGUUCGUUGGUAGAACAAUUGAAGAAUCUUGGCAAAAUUUUAGAAGUAAAAGGGGAAAAUAAAGUAGAUGAAGGGGAACCGACAAUUGUAGUAUACCGUUACUGGUUGCGCAAAAUAUUUGGGCCAGAGUUGGAGGGACCCAGAGGCCCACAUGAGGGCCCAUCUUUAAAGAACAGCCGAUGCUUGCUGCUCCCUGGAUGACCCGUUUCCCUCAAGUGGCCGUCAUUUCUCUGCUCAUCCAAAUCCAGUUACCUAAUUUUAUUUAUUUUUAUUUUUUGAGGCAAAGUUACCUAAAGUUAAACAAACCCUAAUACUUUCAGGGAAUAAUUUUGGUCUGUUUAAAAAAUGAUAUUUUAUUUUAAUUACCAAUUUUCUUUCCUUA